AGACUCUACCAUACCGAUUGCAUCUAGUCUUGUAUUCACUUUCGAACUCAACGCUAGAACAAUGGCCCCCAUCCUCAUGUCGAAGCCCUGCGCUGCGCCCGUCAGGGUCGCCCUGCGUACACAGGCCCGUUCAAUGGCGGCACCUCUCGUCGCCCGCAUCAACAGGCAGACCCGUGGGGCUCGCUGCGUCACACGUGCUGCAGUUGACACCACACAGGUGUUGGAGGAUGUGCGUGCCAUCAUCUCAGAGCAGCUGGGCACUGACAUCAAGGAGGUCAAGUCGGACUCAAAGUUCGUGGACUUGGGAGCUGACUCGCUCGACACUGUGGAGAUCAUGAUGGCUCUGGAGGAGAAGUUUAACAUCCAGCUGGACGAGGAGGGCGCAGAGAAGAUCAGCACUGUCCAGGAGGCAGCAGACCUGAUCGCCACCCAGAUUGAGAGCGCAUGAGAGGAGUGACAGCAAUCACCGCAGGGGCCAGAGUUGCCAAUUGCAGCUCUCCAUCUGCUGAGUGCCCGUGCUAAUAUUAGCUGAGCGUUAUGUCCACAUGUACAAAUGAACUGCUGAGCCACGAAGAUGCCUGGAUAGGUGUGGGGAGACUGCCAACGAAAGCAGCGCAUUUUGUUGUAGCUUUUUCCGUUGACUUUGCUAGACGCGACUGUAAGCAUGUCACUGUCUCGAUUUGUAAAUGACCUACUACC